AGACCUCGGACAGCGACCCAGGGUGCCCAAGCCUCAGUUUCUCCAUUCCUACAACGGGGGUCAACCCGCCCCUACCUCGCAGGGCUGCGCACAUGGAGGAGGAAAUGCCCGCAGACAGCAGGCACUGCCCGAGUGCGCGUCCCCAGGGCCCUGCCCGCAUCCCGCAGCCCCCAGCCCCGCACCGUGCAAUCCCGCCGUGCGCCCCGGGCGGCUGCGGCCAGGCAGAGGGUGGACCCCGGCGCGGCGGAGGGGGCGAGGCCACGGCCUGCGGCGCCCGCGGCACCAUGAUCUCCAAGGAGAAGAACAGGAUCCCGAAGGACAGCAUGACGCUCCUGCCCUGCUUCUACUUCGUGGAGUUGCCCAUAGUGGCUUCCUCCAUCGUAUCCCUGUACUUCUUGGAGCUGACCGACCUCUUCAAGCCGGCCAACGUGGGCUUCCAGUGCUAUGACCGCACUCUCUCCAUGCCCUACGUGGAGACCAACGAGGAGCUCAUCCCGCUGCUGAUGCUGCUCAGCUUGGCCUUUGCGGCCCCUGCUGCCUCGAUCAUGGUGGCCGAGGGCAUGUUGUACUGUCUGCAGUCCCGGCUGUGGGGCCGCGCUGGGGGGCCCACCGGGGCCGAGGGGAGCAUCAACGCCGGUGGCUGCAACUUCAAUUCCUUCCUGCGGCGAACCGUGCGGUUUGUGGGUGUCCACGUGUUUGGCCUGUGCGCCACAGCCCUGGUGACGGACGUGAUCCAGCUGGCCACGGGUUACCACACUCCCUUCUUCCUCACCGUCUGUAAGCCCAACUACACGCUCCUGGGCACGUCCUGCGAGGUCAACCCCUACAUCACGCAGGACAUCUGCUCCGGCCACGACACCCACGCCAUCCUGUCUGCACGGAAGACCUUCCCGUCGCAGCAUGCCACACUGUCGGCCUUCGCCGCGGUCUACGUGUCGGUGAGUCCAGCUCCCCUCUGCCCUGCUCAGGGCCUCUUGCUGGCCCGCGGGGAGCCCUCCUUGACCCCCCAACCCCCAUGCCCCCAGAUGUACUUCAACUCCGUCAUCUCGGACACCACCAAGCUGCUGAAACCCAUCCUGGUUUUCGCCUUUGCCAUUGCUGCGGGCGUGUGCGGGCUUACGCAGAUCACGCAGUACCGCAGCCACCCGGUGGACGUGUACGCCGGCUUCCUCAUCGGGGCAGGCAUCGCUGCCUACUUGGCCUGCCACGCGGUGGGCAACUUCCAGGCCCCACCUACAGAGAAGCCCGCGGCCCCGGCCCCCGCCAAGGAUGCGCUGCGGGCCCUGACGCAGCGGGGCCACGACUCGGUUUAUCAGCAGAACAAGUCGGUGAGCACCGACGAGCUGGGGCCCCCGGGGCGGCUGGAGGGCGCGCCCCGGCCCGUGGCCCGCGAGAAGACCUCACUGGGCAGCCUGAAGCGCGCCAGCGUGGACGUGGACCUGCUGGCCCCGCGCAGCCCCAUGGCCAAGGAGAACAUGGUGACCUUCAGCCACACGCUGCCCAGGGCCAGCGCGCCGUCGCUGGACGACCCCGCGCGCCGCCACAUGACCAUCCACGUGCCACUGGACGCCUCGCGCUCCAAGCAGCUCAUCAGCGAGUGGAAGCAGAAGAGCCUGGAGGGCCGCGGCCUGGGGCUGCCCGACGACGCCAGCCCCGGGCACCUGCGCGCGCCAGCCGAGCCCAUGGCGGAGGAGGAGGAAGAGGAGGAGGAGGAGGAAGAGGAGGAGGAGGAGGAGGAAGAGGACGAGGAGGAGGGCCCGGCCCCGCCCUCGCUCUACCCCACCGUGCAGGCGCGGCCGGGGCUGGGGCCUCGGGUCAUCCUCCCGCCGCGCGCGGGGCCGCCGCCGCUGGUGCACAUCCCCGAGGAGGGCGCGCAGGCGGGGGCCGGCCUGUCCCCCAAAAGCGGCGCCGGGGUGCGUGCCAAGUGGCUCAUGAUGGCCGAGAAGAGCGGGGCGGCCGUGGCCAACCCUCCGCGGCUGCUGCAGGUCAUCGCCAUGUCCAAGGCCCCGGGCGCGCCGGUCCCCAAAGCGGCCGAGACGGCGUCGUCGUCCAGCGCCAGCUCCGACUCCUCGCAGUACCGGUCGCCGUCGGACCGCGACUCCGCCAGCAUCGUGACCAUCGACGCGCACGCGCCGCACCACCCGGUGGUGCACCUGUCGGCCGGCGGCGCGCCCUGGGAGUGGAAGGCGGCGGGCGGCGGGGCCAAGGCGGAGGCCGACGGCGGCUACGAGCUGGGGGACCUGGCGCGCGGCUUCCGCGGCGGGGCCAAGCCCCCGGGCGUGUCCCCCGGCUCGUCGGUCAGCGACGUGGACCAGGAGGAGCCGCGGUUCGGGGCCGUGGCCACCGUCAACCUGGCCACGGGCGAGGGGCUGCCCCCGCUGGGCGCGGCCGACGGGGCGCUGGGCCCGGGCAGCCGGGAGUCCACGCUGCGGCGCCACGCGGGCGGCCUGGGGCUGGCGGAGCGCGAGGCGGAGGCCGAGGCCGAGAGCUACUUCCGCAAGAUGCAGGCGCGCCGCUUCCCCGACUAGCGCGGCGGGGCCGGGGGCGGGCGGGGGCGGGCCGGGGACGCGGGGGUGCUCAAUAAAGCGGCGGAAACC